UCUCUUUCUUCACUCUCUCUCUCUCUCUCUCUCACACACACACACACAGACACAAAACACACACACACACAGACACAAAACACACACUAAAUCUAAGUUUCAGGCAAGAUCAAGAAAUGGGCAAAUCUCAUCCAGCACCCACCGGCCGGACAAACCUAGCCUCAUGCGUCGUCGCCGCCGUAUUCUUGAUCUUCAUAAUAAUGGUGGCCUGCAUAGUCUACUUCGCCGUCUUCAAGCCCAAAGACCCCAACCUCGCCGUCAACGCCGUCCAGCUCCCGUCCUUCUCCGUCGCCAACUCCACCGUCACCUUCACCUUCUCCCAGUACGUCACCGUCAACAACCCCAACCGCGCCGUCUUCACCCACUACGACAGCUCCCUCCAGCUCCUCUACGCCGGCGUCCAAGUCGGCUUCAUGUUCAUCCCCGCCGCCAAGAUCUCCGCCGGCAAGACUCAGUACAUGGCCGCCACUUUCUCCGUCCGCUCAUUCCCCCUUUCAUCAUCAUCACUUCCCCCCGCUCAGCCCGACGGGCUCGCUGGGUUCCGAAUCGGGCCGAGCAUGGAGGUUGAAUCGAGGCUUGAGAUGGCGGGCCGGGUUCGGGUCCUCCAUUUCUUUACCCACCACGUGGAGGCCCGGGCCGAUUGUCGGGUUUCUAUUUCUGUUAGUGAUGGAUCUGUAUUAGGCUUCCACUGUUAGUUACUACUCCCUCUGUCCCAUAUUAUAUGUCUUUUCAGAGAGUUUUUCUUGUCCCAAAUUAUUUGUCAUUUUAGAUUUUCAAUGCAUCAUUAAUUGCACUAUUUUCAAUUUUACCCUUUCUAACUCCUAAUUAGUUAGUUGUAAAACAAUUAAUGACAAGGAUAUAUUAGUAUUUUCCUAUGCUUUUUA